AUGCCAACAUACGUAAUCACCGGCGCCAGGGGCGGCAUCGGCCUCGAAUACGUUAACCAGCUAAGCAGAGACCCGUCGAACACAGUCAUCGCCCUCGUCCGCUCCACCUCCACCGCCGCGUCCGCAGCCCUCUCAGCCCUCGAAUCCAUCAGAUCCUCCAGCAGCGCCACGACGCACAUCAUCGAAUGCGACGUCUCCUCCGAAGCGUCUAUCGCUGGGCUCCCCGGGCGGCUGUCAGCGGCCCUCGGCCCGGGGAUGGCCAAGGUGGACUUCCUCAUCAACAACGCCGCAACGCUACAGUACGCGCACCAGACGAGCCUGACGCUUGAUGCGGAGGGGUUGGAUGUGCAGAUGAAUACCAAUGUGCUCGGGCCGGCGAGGAUCGUGCAGGUCCUGCUUCCCUUUUUGGGCGCCGCUGCUGCGAGUGAGGGUGAGGGUGAGGGUCAGGGUGAGGGUCAGGGUGCGGUCGAGGAGGAGGAAAGGAUCGCCGCGGUCGUCGCCAAUAUCACCUCCGGCGCGGGGAGCUUGGGGUGGGCCAGCGACGGCCGGGUGCACAUGCUGGGCGGCUACUCCAUCAGCAAAGCGGCGCUGAACAUGCUGACGGUCCAGCAGGCCAAGGAGUUGAAGAGCAAGGGGAUCGUCGCGGUGGCUGUUGAUCCGGGACACGUCAAGACUGCUUCUGGUGGGCUCGGGGCGACGGUAGAGGUUGAGGAUAGUGCUCGGAGUAUACUUCAUCUGCUGGCCGGGCUUAACAGCACUGACACUGGGAGGUUCUUCCUGUACAAUGGGACUUGCGUGCCAUGGUAG